UGCUAAAAACUAAAAAGCAGUAGAAGAAUAGAAAGAGAAAGAUCAUGAGAAAUGGGACAAGAGAGUGAAGUGAGAAAGGCAAAGACAUGGUAGAGGUUCUUCUAGCAUCAUCACAUCUACUUCACUGUUCAUCUUAUCCUCCUACAUCUUGGAAGGUUUCAGGAACAGGAAGAGGAGCAUAUUUGAAGUGUUCAUUGGAGCUGAGGAGGAGUAGUAAGGUGGUUCUGAACAAGAAAGUUUUGUUAUCUGGCCUUGCUGCUUCCUUCAUACUUCUCUCUCCUCCACCAUCUCAGUCUGUUGCUACAGAUUUUGUUCAUCAACAAAAUAUAUGUCAGCUUGCCAAUGCUAGUGAAAAUUCAGUUGCCCUACCCUUUGAGAAUGAUUCUGAUGGAAAAGGUGCAAACCUAAUGAUGAUGAGAGGUAUGACAGCCAAGAAUUUUGAUCCUGUAAGGUAUUCAGGAAGAUGGUUUGAAGUAGCUUCGCUUAAACGUGGAUUCGCCGGUCAAGGUCAAGAGGACUGCCAUUGUACUCAGGGUGUAUAUACAUUUGAUAGGGAAGCUAAGGCUAUUCAAGUUGAUACAUUUUGUGUUCAUGGAGGCCCUAAUGGAUAUAUAACCGGAAUUAGGGGGAGAGUUCAAUGUCUAUCAGAAGAUGAUUUGCAGAAAAAUGCAACUGACCUAGAGAAGCAGGAAAUGAUUAAAGAAAAAUGCUAUCUCCGCUUUCCUACAUUGCCAUUCAUCCCUAAGGAACCUUAUGAUGUCAUUGCUACUGAUUAUGACAAUUUUGCUCUUGUUUCAGGAGCAAAGGACACUAGUUUUGUUCAGAUAUACUCAAGAACACCUAACCCUGGACCUGAAUUCAUAGAGAAGUACAAAGCUUACUUGGAAAACUUUGGAUAUGAUUCAAGCAAGAUCAAAGACACGCCUCAAGAUUGCGAAGUAAUGUCGAACAGUCAGCUGGCAGCUAUGAUGUCCAUGCCUGGAAUGCAGCAGGCACUAAUAAACCAGUUUCCUGAUCUUGAACUUAAGGCCCCUAUUGCACUUAAUCCCUUCACAAGUGUAUUUGACACUUUCAAGAAGCUUCUUGAGCUUUAUUUUAAAUAGUAGCUUAUACCUAUAAUCCAAUUGAGUUGCAUCAUGUUUUGUUCUUUUGUAUUAUAUUUACUAAUAAUAGUAUGCAGUCUUGUAUGUAACAAAUACCAAUCCUUGAUGGAAGCUAUGAAGUAUGAGCUACCCAUAUUUGGUGACAUAA